CACUAGUAGGACAUUUUUGUUUAAAGGAGAAAAAAAGUGUCAUUUGCGGAAAUAUCAAGUAACUACAAAACAGCAAAUUUAAAGGAAUGAUCAUGGUUUUGAAACAAAUUCUUGUGAUACGGAUGAUAGCGUUGACCAUAGCAAUUCUCGAAAAGAAAAAGUCAUCCUUGAACUUUUGUCCUUAUACACCUUGCUUGUGCACAAAUAUAACAGCUGAUUGUUCCAAUAGGACUCUGGAGUCCCUGCAAAUUCUUGCAAAUCAACUUCCAGAAACAGUAAUAAAUCUUAAUUUGUUUGGAAACAACUUCCGGUACAUUGAUACUCUCUUCUUUGAUCCAAUUAAGUCAUUGAAAAUAGAGAACCUAAGUCUGAGCAAAUGUCAAGUGAAAUAUAUAUCACGUAAAGCAUUUCGUUUCAUCCCACAUAUAAAACAGUUGGACCUCUCAAGAAAUAAACUCAAUUACAGGAACAUCCUGUUGGUUUUAGAUAAUUUGAAAAGUUCACGUAUUGAAGUCCUUAAAAUAUCCGAUGUCAAACAGGCACCGUCUACACUUCCUGUUGAUACGUUCGAGAGUUUUGAAGGAAACAGUUCUCUCAAUUCUCUUCAACUCCAAAACUGGAAUUUGGUGCAAGUUGAUGGAGCGGCAUUUCAAAAUCUGACCAACUUAAAUACGUUGGAUCUGAGUAAUAACAAGAUACUUGCCUUAAACAUGGACGGACUUGAAAAAGUUACUCAUCUUAACCUAACUUUAAACGAACUUCCCGGGCUGCCAAAAAUGUGUAAUGCAAACAAUGAAUCGUUGGUUCCGAAACUGAUGUAUCUGUGGCUCGCAAUUAAUCAUAUAUCGGACUCGUCAGAAUUCGAUCGCCAAGGCCAUUAUUUACCAGAAUUAAGAUAUCUUAAUCUAUCCUUCAAUGCAAUAAGUAUCCUAAAAAAUAACGCUUUUUCUACCAUAUCAAAACUGCAGAAAUUAGGACUGGAAAAUAUGUUAACUUAUGAUUUGUUGAUUGAGGAAGAUGCUUUUUGGUCGAAAUCUUUGAUUGAACUUUUUAUAAGCAUGCCCAAAAGAGAUACAAAGCAGUUGCUGAAACAUAAGACCAUUUUCAACAAUUGUACAAAGCUCAAAACUUUAGAUGUGUCGCAUUUUGAUUUCUUAAGUUUUGACAGGGAUGAUUUUUAUAACAUGUUACUACCAUUGAAGAAUCUGGAAAAUCUUAUGUUGCGUCACUGUUCUUUGAAUUUUGUUCCUCCCACUUCGCACCUUUCCAAUCUGAAGUCAAUCAAUCUGCAAGGAAAUUUCAUACGUUACAUUGACCGGGAUUUGUUUCAAAACAAUUCUGUACUCGGUGAAAUAAUUCUUCGAAAAAACCAUCUCACAACUAUUAAACAGGACUCGUUUACAGAGACCAUCUGGAACAACCCAAAUCUAUCCAUAGAUGUUUCAUAUAAUCCAUUUGCAUGCGACUGUGAUCUUGAAUGGUUCAUUCAGUGGUCAAACAAAAAUAUGAAACACUUUAAUGAAUACGAAGAUAUACAGUGUGAUUCACCAAAGGAAUGGAAAACUAGCCACAUAGGAGGUCAUCUGAAUUCUCUUAAAAUGACAUGCCACGUUAUGAAUCGUGGUAUUGUAAUAGGUUUGAUUACAGGGUCAUUUGUGUUCAUUUUCUUAUUUGCUUUUGUACUUAUCAGAAAAUUCCGAUGGGACAUAUUGUAUUAUUUACAUAACUGUACUCAUGGAAGACAAAAGGGAUAUCAGAGACUUGUGGACAGAGCUACAGAAUACGAUGGUUUUGUUGCUUAUGAUACGCAUGACCGGAAGUGGAUUAUGUCAGAACUUGUCGACAUUUUGGAGAAAAGAGAAAACUACAAGUUGUGUCUUCACGAAAGAAACUUUUUACCGAUAGGUUCUCAUGUGGAUAAUAUUUUUGACAACAUAGAAUCUAGUCGUAAGUUUAUAUUAGUUCUCUCGAACAAUUUCAUGAAAGAUCAGUGGUGUCAGUUUGAAACUGUAAUAGCAAACCACCAAUUAGCCGACGGAAAUAAAGACAAAAUUUUACUCAUUAUUUUGAAUGAUGUAGAUUCCAAACAUUUCACAAUAGCUCUUAAAACAUUGUUAAAAGAAGCCGAAAGUGUCGAAUGGACAACAAAUGCUAACGGAAUCAAAUUAUUCCGGAAGAAAAUAAUCUCAUUUAUGCGGAAAUAGUUACUUUUGUUGCCAUUAUCCUCGGAUUUCUUAUUUUUGUUUUAUGUAUGAUUAACAUGUACUCGUUGUUUUAAAGUCGAUCCAUAUAAUGAAAUAAUUUAAAUAAUUAAAAUAGAGGAUCACAUUUUGUAUCGACACAUUGUAUCAAUCUCAGUCUCCGUUUAACAUGUUCCAUAUACAUUUAGUACUAAUUCAAGAAAAUCUUCAAAUAUGAAUAUAAAUAAUGGCUUAUUUAACAAUGUCACCAUAGCAAUUGUUUUGUUGAAUUCAAAAUCGAAUAAUAAGUACCUAUAAACAUUUAUAUGAUGCACAUUGUAUGUACUCGGUGUUGUAAUGAUGUACAUUUUAGAAUAUAGCAUCUCUAUAAUCAAUAAGUUAAUAUUAAAUACUUCAUUUAAUCUUCAUUUACGAGUACUAAUGUAUACCAUCAACGUUUAUGGAGUUAAGCCUUUAUUUCAUUUUUAUUAAAUUGAUUUUUUCAAAUGUAUCUAGA